CAAAAGAAAAGGAGACGGAAAUAACAGAUCACAGCUAAAAGGCUCUUUUCCCCAAACAGUAGGUACCAGAUUGUAUCUGCUUGUGUCAAGCGAACAGAAAGAAGAUACAUAUUCGGAGCACAGAGACAGAAGGAGGCCACAAUGGAAUUUUCUUUGGAAACAUGGACCUUACUUAUCACAUUUACUGUCCUUCUUUUGGUAUAUGGAGUAUGGCCUUAUAACUUCUUUAAGAAGCUUAACAUUCCUGGACCCACACCGUUUCCAUUUAUUGGAACAUUCCAUCAUCUGAGAAAGGGCUUCUUCAAUUUUGACUUGGAAUGCAUGCAGAAAUAUGGCCAAAUAUGGGGCUUUUACGAUGGAAGGCAGCCAGUCAUAGGUCUUGUGGACACAUCGAUGAUAAAAACAAUCUGGGUCAAAGAAUGUUAUUCCACUUUCACCAAUAGAAGGAACUUUAGACUGAAUGGAAAACUGGACACAGGCCUUAAUGUGGUUGAGGAUGAACAGUGGAAGAGAAUUCGCAGUGUGCUGUCACCGAACUUCACAAGUGGAAGAUUAAAGGAGAUGCUCCCCAUCAUGAAACAGCACCGAGAUGUCCUCAUAAAAAACCUGCAGAAGAAAGCUAAUGCAAAUGAGCCUGUACAACUCAAAGAGUUCUUUGGCGCCUACAGUUUGGAUGUGAUUGGCAGUACUUCUUUUAGUGUGGACAUUGACUCUCUGAAUCAUCCCAAUGAACCUUUUGUGGUGCAUAUGAAGAAAGCUCUGAAGUUCAGCUUUUUCAACCCAUUGUUAAUCGUGGCAGUUAUAUUUCCUUGGAUUAUACCUGUUCUGGAGAAAAUGGACUUUACUUUGUUUCCUCAUGAUACAGUUAAUUUCUUUGCUAAUGCUGUCAAGAGCAUCAAGGAAAAAAAGAAAAAAGGAGACAGCAAUGAGCGAGUAGAUUUCCUUCAGAUGAUGAUGGAUUCUCAGCUGUCUGAUAAAAAUUUAGUUUCCAAUGGAGUGGAUCACACAUACAAAGCUUUAACAGAUGAUGAAAUUGUGGCCCAGUCUGUUCUGUUCAUAAUUGCCGGAUAUGAAACCACCAGCACUGCUCUCACAUACCUAGCUUAUAACCUGGCUCUCCACCCAGAUGAGCAGCAGAAACUGCAACAGGAGAUUGAUGACACAUUCCCUGAUAAGGCUUCUCUGACAUAUGAUGGCCUAAUGCAAAUGGAAUACCUUGACAUGGUAAUAAAUGAAUCCAUGAGGCUGUACCCUAAUGGUGGACGUACAGAAAGGAUCUCUAGCAAAACUGUUGAAAUUAAUGGCGUGACCAUUCCCAAGGGGACUGUCAUUAUGGUACCACUCUAUGCCUUGCACCGCCACCCAAAUCACUGGCCAGACCCAGAAGAAUUCAGACCUGAAAGAUUUAGUAAAGAAAAUAGAGAAACAAUGGACCCAUAUGCUUAUAUGCCAUUUGGAACAGGCCCUCGGAACUGCAUUGGAAUGCGAUUUGCCCUCCUCAAUAUGAAGCUAGCCCUUACAUCAGUACUACAGAACUUCUCCUUUGAACCUUGCAAGGAAACUCAGAUCCCUUUGAAAAUAUCCCCAAUGGGCCUCAUGACUCCUGAACCGCCUGUCAUCUUAAGACUAGUACCUCGACCUAAUGCAAAAACAGUUUCAUGAAAUGUCAGCAGGCUUUACACGUACUUCUGAUAAUCCAUUCAUUUUACAAGACCUUUGUAUGCGAAUUAAAGCAUCAGUUGCCUGUUGUACAGCACAGCACAUCUUCAUCUGUGUUCAUGCUGAAUUUCAUCUGUUUAACAUAAUGUAGAUGGCGCAUGUGCAUAAGGAGUAACAGAAUUAAACAAAACUGAUUUAAAUUGCAGUAAAUAUUCAAUAUUCAUUUCAAAUAAAUAGUGUGAAAGUGAA